AUGGAGGCCGUUCACGACAGUCCCCCUCCCUACGCCACCGAAGGCAUUGACGAGAAGAAGGAGGAUAUCAGCCAGGUGGAGCAGAAUCUCAAGCCGGGCCUGGAGGAGUCCGACGCGUUCGGUAACGAGGAGUUUGCGGAAAUCAAGUACAAGACCUUGAAGUGGUGGCAAUGUGGACUGCUCAUGAUUUGCGAGUCUGUCUCGCUGGGUGUGCUCUCGCUCCCCGCCGCCGUUGCAACCCUGGGUUUCGUCCCGGCCGUCAUCCUCAUCGUUGGUCUCGGAAUCCUUGCGACCUACACCGGUUACAACAUUGGAUUGUUCAGAGAACGCUAUCCCCACAUUCAGAACCUGGCCGAUGCGGGAGAAAUCCUGAUGGGCCCUUUCGGCCGUGAACUCUUCGGCCUGGGCCAGUUCCUCUUCUGCAUCUUCGUCAUGGGCAGCCAUCUCCUGACCUUCCGGGUCAUGAUGAACACCAUCACCGACCAUGGCACCUGUUCCAUCGUCUUCAGUGUGGUUGGCAUGAUCAUUUCCAUGGUCCUCUCCAUUCCCCGUACCAUGAAGGGCAUGACCUGGAUUUCCUUCGCCUCCUUCCUCAGUAUCUUCAGUGCGGUCAUGAUCACCAUGAUCGGUGUGGGCGUCGAGAAGCACCCCGGUCGCAUCAUCGAGGCCACCGUCGACACCACCCUCUACACGGCCUUCACCGCGGUCUCCAACAUUGUCUUCGCCUACUGUGCGCACGUCGCCUUCUUCGGUCUUAUCGCCGAGAUGGAGAAGCCCAAGGACUUCAAGAAGUCGCUGUUCAUGCUGCAGGCGUUUGAAAUCAGUCUCUACGUGACUGCUGCCUGCGUCAUCUACUACUACGUCGGCAAGGAUGUGCAAUCCCCCGCCCUCAGCUCGGCUGGUCCUCUUCUGAAGAAGGUUGCCUAUGGAAUUGCCAUUCCCACCAUUGUCGGUGCCGGUGUCGUGAAUGGUCACAUCGGCUUGAAGUACAUCUACUUCCGCACUUGCUCCAAGUCGGGUCUCAUCCACAGCCGCAGCCGCCGCUCGGUCGCCGUCUGGAUCGCCUUGGGCUUGGCCUGCUGGCUGGUUGCCUGGAUUAUCGCCGAGGCCAUCCCUGUCUUCAGCGACCUCAACUCGCUUAUUAGCGCUCUCUUUGCUAGUUGGUUCAGUUACGGCCUCAGUGGCAUCUACUGGCUCCACCUCAACUACGGCCAGUGGUUUGCCAGCCCCCGCAAGAUCGCCCUGACCGUGCUCAAUGCCGCGAUCGCUGUGUUCGGUUUGGUGCUGUGCGUCCUGGGUCUCUAUGCCUCGGGAACGGCCAUCCACAACGAUGCCAACAGCAACAGUUUCACCUGUGCCAACACGGAUAGCUGA